UGAACGUUAAGUGAGGGUGUAAACAUGUAUUUAAUGUGUUUUUAUUAUUUUGAUUGAAUAUAGUUUUUCAUAUAUUUCGUACAUUUGCUUUGACUUUGAACAAAUGUGUGUAAAAUGUACUUAUGCAAUUCAACUUUCAACCAAUUUUUAGUUAUUAAAGUGAAACCUUUCAAUGGCUAGUGACAGCGACAAAAGUUCGAAUAAUCUUGAUUUGGAUGGAUAUUUGAAAAACAACAAGAAACAAGGGAGUGGUGGAAAUAUUGGUGACAGCGGUGACAAAACAAACCUGGGUGUUCCCCCAGUUGGCAAAGGCGGACGGCAUUUGUCCAUACCCUUUGAUUCAGCGACUGCUAAUGGUGAUUUAACCAAGAAACAAAAUGGCACAACGGUGCGCACCAACAGCCUGGGGUCGGGCGCGCGAACGCCGCCGGUGGAGCGGACCAAGUCCAAGUUCUCAGCCCUCGGUAGGCUCUUCAAACCAUGGAAGUGGAAACGGAAAAAGAAGUCUGAGAAGUUUGAAGCAGCCUCUAGAACUUUAGAAAGGAAGAUAUCCGUCCGAGCAAAUAGAGAUGAGCUGGUGCAGAAAGGGAUCCUCUUGCCGGAGAGUCCCUGCGCGCCGGUGCCCGAAGAUAAUGAAGACUCCCCCACAUACGAAGACGCGGCGCGUGUCGAGCAGAAUGCCAUGGACCGCGGCAUCAGCAACGCGCACGCCGCGCUGCAGGCGCAGCUCGCGUCGCAGCUGCAGCAUCAGCAGGCCGCGCUCGCCAGCGCGCUUGCCGCCGCGGCCGCACACCACUCCAUACACAACAACAACAUAGAACCAAAGAAAGACAAAUUGGAAAAUGGCAGCGAGCUGAUGAGGCCCGAGCGUCCGAACUCGUUGACAGCAGGCAAGCACACGCGGCGGAUAUGUUAUCAAGGAGACGUAGUAGGCGGUUACGGGGAGCCCGGCGGCGACGAACAAUUAAUGCUGUCCGAGCUGCCGGAGCCGCCGAUCGCGCUGUCGGAGAUCGGACCCAUCCCGCCACCGCCCAUGUUCAGCUCGCCCAGCCCCACGCACCACCAUCACCAGCACCAGCAGCAUACACAUGAGGACUCCGAAGACGAGGACGACGCCGACUCGGAAGAGGAGCUCCCAGUAACGGACACGUCUCGCGUGGAGGAGAUCCCGCCGAAGGAGCCGAGCUUCAACGCCGUGCCGCUCAAGUCGGCGCUCAAGAAGCGGACCGGCGACCUCGGCACGCCACUCGCGCCCAGGCAGGACCACCACCAUGCUAGCUUCAAACGGCCGCCGCCGAAGCCAAGGGCCAGAUUCUGCAGUCGGCCGGUGCGGGUGGGCAACGCGAUGGAGAACAAGGAGAACGCUCGGCCGUGGGAGGGCUUGGGCGAGUACCGAGAGGAACACGCGAGUGACUCUGAUCGCGUCGCCGCCAAGCUCGCGCGCAAGGAGAGCCUCAACAUCAAGCUCGCGCUGCGGCCCGACCGGCAGGAGCUCAUUAACAGGAACAUCCUGGUGGUGCAGAGCGAGCACGAGCGGCAGGAGUCGUGGGAGGCCAUCGGCGCGCGCCUCAUCCGCCGCCUGUCCAUGCGCCCCACUGCCGAGGAGCUCGUCGAGAGGAAUAUACUUAAAAGUCAAUCACCUGCUGAGGAAAAGAAACAGAAAGAAGAAAAGAAACGGUAUCUUCUUCGCAAACUUAGCUUUCGACCGACCGUCGACGAGCUCAAGGAGAAGAAGAUUAUACGUUUCAGCGACUACAUUGAGGUUACUCAGGCCCACGACUACGACCGGCGCGCGGACAAGCCGUGGACGCGCCUGACGCCGCGCGACAAGGCCGCCAUCCGCCGCGAGCUCAACGAGUUCAAGAGCUCCGAGAUGGCGGUCCACGAGGAUAGCAAACACCUCACCAGGUUCCACAGACCAUGACGGCUGUGCUCGGAGCUCGCCCCGCGCCGCCGUGGUUGAGGCGGCCGCGCCGGUAGCCGCCCGGCGUGUGCCGCCCGGCGUGUGCCGCCCGGCGUGUGCCGCCCGGCGUGUGCCGCCCGGCGUGUGCCGCCCGGCGUGUGCCGCCCGGCGUGUGCCGCCCGGCGAGUGCCGCCUCGCGCCGAGCGUGCCGGCCCCGCGCAGCGGCCGGCCCGCAUCGGUAAAGUGUUGAUUAUUCUAAAGUUGCGUUGUACCGCCAUUCUUAACUUACGUUUUGUAUAUGCGUUCCGUGAGUGCAAUCUUGUUUUAAUUGACUUUUUAUUGUAAUAUCCUAGUUAUUGCCGAGUACAAUUUUAUUACUUUAGUGGUAUCGUUUUAUGUUAAGUCGUAUUCUAAGCGUACCUAUACAUUCUUUGAAUUGACCUUCGCGAAAGGUUAGUGAUACUGAUUAUUAUGAUGGAGAUUAUGUGCUUGAAGCUCGGUGUGUGGUGAGAUUUUUUGAAAUGUUAAACGUAUCCAUCAUAUGUAGAUUUGUGAUUUUUUCUUAUAUUGCUAGCUAUUAGCUCCGUAGUCAUUAAGCUAGAUUCAAUUUAAAUCAUAUUUAUUUCACAUAUAUUUUUAUGGUCACAAUAUAUUUUAACUAUAAUUUGAAAAUUAUAGCUUUCUUGAGGGCGAACAUUUUAAAUUUAACUUUUGGCGCGUGUCUUAUUGUUGUUGAAAGCGAUUUUAAAACUUUGGCCAUGAGAUACUGCCACUAAUUUAAACUGUUUUAUCGUGAAACGUUUGUAGUUCAUUUAGAAAGGCAAUGUGAUAUCGCCUGCGACGUGAUCGUAGCCAACUUGUUGCAUUACACUGUUUAAAACAAACUCACCUACAUGUACCGUGUACAAGACGUUACGGACGGACGGACGUUAGGGAUGUAAGUGUUAGAGUUAGACCAAGAAAAGUCUGCAACGAUUUUGAUAGCACACGCAGUGCAAAUGUUAUUUUAAACGUCAAACUUCUAUGACAUUAUGACGUAUAAAUAACACUGGCACUGCGUGUGCUAUCAAAAUCGUUGAGGAAUUAUCUUGGUCUAACUCUACAUAUAUUGGUAUACUGGUGUCAAUCAAUAAAUAUAAUCCAACUAACGUAGGUUUCAUAAUUUGGAUUCCACAAUUGAUUUGAACACUCGAGAGAUUGAGAAGUGCUUCCAAAUGCUGUGUAAUGUAACAAUAAACUAAUUAGAACAUAGAUGCCAUUAUUACAAAAUAAUGUAACUUCAAAACGUAUUUAGUUUAUUUUAAUUAAUAUCAAAUUCAAACUCGAGCAUUCCUUUAAUCGAAAAUGUCGCAGCUAAUAUACCAUCUAACAUUUCCUUUCCAUUUUUACGGCUGGUUAUAUAUGUAACUUUGAACAUUCGCUUAGUAACUACGACACGGCGACUGAACGAUCAGCGACUCAAAGAAGAGAAUUUAAGGAAUAAGUAGUAAUGUGACGACAUAUUUUAGUACAGGGAAAUGCACAGUGAUUACAAAACGCGCAGACAGCGUACAGUCAAAGUUCACGUUAUCAUAUGUAGCUAAGAAGAAACUCGUCCUAGAGGGCGCGAGGUAACAGAUUACUAAUCAUAGACAAUUGGUAGCACAGGCAAAUCGGCGGGAACAACUUGUUAAACACCUUGACGCUCUAACUUAGGACUAGGUAGCGUUAGUAUUCAACGUUGAACGAAGUAUUGCGUAAAGGACUUAGUAAAUUUAUCGAAAAAGCUCGUAUAAAGUUGUAGAUGUUAAAUUAAUAUAAAUGCGCCUUCUGACAUUACAUUAUUAUCGUUUUGUACUGUAUCAGCGGUACGUUGUAAUUGAAGUACCCUUUCAUUUCCUCGAGAACGUUUGUAUCGUCUAAAAUUGAUAGCAUAGAUAGAGCAAUAAUAAUAUCGGUUUUGUAUAUGGAUAUGUGAAAACUUAAAAUCUUUAGUGUUCAGAACAUGUUUUUUAUUAAAUAAUAAUUUCUUAGUAUGUAAACUCAUGAUUAGAGAUGUAUUAAAAAUCAUUUUAUAUCGCAAUGUUUAGUAGCGGUGCCAUUUUGUGACGUGCUUUAUACUAAAGUCAAGCGUAUACUUGUAAAUAUUAACAAAGUUGAGUAGACCACACGGUACGGCACCAUCGUAAACACAGUAAACGGACCUUUCGUCGACUUUAUUACAAGGACUUAAGGUCGAGCAAGAGUCAAUGAGUGUGUUGAUGUCAGUACUGUACUAGCGAGUACCCGGUCGCGACCUGUUCCGCCGCGAGCCCGCACUGGGUCGGCUGCGUCGUGUCUCGUGUCGCUGUCGCCGCGGCCACUCUAACUACAGACCAUAACAUUGUUAUCGUGUCAUUAACAUAAGUUUAUGUAUUACUACACAUUUUAAUUAUAAUUCUCUCAUGUUAAGCGACUCCGUAAUCACAGUACUUUAUGCAAUAUUAUAAUAGAGAGCUACAAGAAUUGUAAAUGGUGGUUCACUUUGAGACCAUUCCAUUAUAGUUAGAAUUGGAAGCCAAAUGACGACUUAUUUUUCUAAAAAGAUUUGUUAGAUUUGCAAAUAAAACGUUAAAAUAAAAUGUAGUCGUUAAUCGAUAUUGUAUUAAUAAGAAGACAUUCAGAUUUCCAAAGAUCUAAGGCUCAAGUAAAUUCUUUUAACUAGCUUAUGUAUUGCCAUUAUAAUUAUGUAUAUAUGUUAUUGCGAUAUAUCGUGCGACUGUUGAUGUCUCAAGUGACUGUUGGGGAAGUGAGUAUAUAUUAAGCUGUUAUAUCGAAGAAACAUCGCGUGUAAAUCACGGGGUUGUUGAAACAAAAAUUAUGAUCAAGUCGUGUAUGUGCGUAGUUUAGUUAGGAUAUACAAACGAAGGUAAUGAACAGCGAUGUAACUUCCAUUUAGCCGCUUCAAUAGAAACCUUUGCGUUCGAGUCCCAAUCACGAUCAUAGUUGAUAAUUAGAACCUUUACUUUGAGUAAAAAUAGAUACUUACCAAAAUAUUGUGAUACAACUUUUUUAUCUGUAGUAUUCGCUCGGUUUAUUAAAACACUUCUUUUUUCUUGGUGUUAUCUAGAGAGAAUGUCUAAGCGAAUGUGGUCAAUACACUAAAUAGUGUAUGAAGUACAUAUGAAAAAAGUUUUAAAUAUUUAUUUAGAUACGUUACCUAGAAUGUUCACGACUAUCCUGACUCCCAGAAAUGUAUCCGAUUAGUGUAAGCACAGUUCAAGUAUAUUCUGGGCACUUGCCAAAUUAAUUUCCUAGGUUAUUGUUACAGUUUUCUGACAUUCUCUUACAUGUUAACCUCGAAGGUGCUAUAUGUUAGCAAUAUGUGUGUGCACCAAACAAUUGUCAUGGCUAACGAUAGUAUUCCAUAAUGAGAUUUAUGUGUAUAAAUUUACAUUUGACAAGGCGUUCUCGGCAACAAUUGUCUUGUAGCUAGAGAAUUUAUUUUUAUACUUAGUAUACAGGGGUGUUUAUGUAAAGCAAAACGAUUAGUUUGCAUUUUUGAUGUCAUACCUUAUUCAAGUCUUUUAUGCACGUGUUUAUUCUUUUUUAUAAUGGAAAUAUAAAUUUGUGGUAAACGUAUGUAAAUAUGUUAAUCUUGUUACAAAAAUUAUAAUACAAUUGUAUUAUCAGCAACAAGUCUUUUUGAAUACAGAUUGCAAAGUACCAAUGAGAAGAUGUCUGUAUAUAAUUUUAAUGAUGAUGUAAAUUAUGGAAUCUCUUAUUUCCAACGGUAUCGCGCGUCUCUUUGUGCUACUACGAUAUAUAAAUUGCUACCAUCAGUAAUCAGUUUACUGUUGCUUUUAUUUGAAUAUUGUGUAAAUUAUUAAUGACAUGUUGUAAUAAGUAUAUUUUAUAAUAGCCAUAAUUACUUGUUUUAUAUAAGGUAAGUCUGUAAAUACCAUGAUUAUACAUUAAGUUUUAUACUC